AUGGGGAAUCUUUUUGGCUGCUACAAGACGAAUAAACUGGAUACAGUCACGUCACCAACAAGCGAUGGAGUUGAUCACGUUACAAAGUUUGAUGCCAAUGAAAAAAAGCAACGUGGAGAAUUGGCUGAUCACGCUGUUCGUGAGAGCAACAAGUCGAAUCGUACCGAAGGUAAACGGGAAAUCACGAUUAGCAAUCGUGAUAUUCCACUCAAGCAAACUGCAUCGUUGGAUUCCGGUACGAGAGAAGCGGUUGAUAAAGAGAGUGGUCUCUGA